AUGACACAUCCUUGUUUUGAAGAAGACCGUCCAGGUAACUCUGACGGACUCAUCUCUCUCGUUGUUCCUCUCUCUUCCCUGUUUGUUUUUGGUUUCUUAUUAUUCUCUACUGCUUCGAAUUUGAAAGAGAAGAGGGAUAAAAAGUCCCUUCGAAAAUUCUCCAUUGCAUCGUUGGAAUUCAAUGAAAGCUUCUGGGUUCAAUCAAAUUACGAGAUAGUAAUGAAUUUCCAGCAGCUGCUUGCUGGUGUAGGACAUGGUAAAAUGGUGGAUGUUCAAUUGAAGGGAAGUGCUUGUAGGAUUAAGAAGUGUGCCUUCGAGUUGCUGUCGAUUGGGAGCGAUCUGAUGAACGACGGUCAGUCGUCGUGGGACUUGUUGGGAAGGGAUCUGCGCCUGAAAUCCACAUUCUUGUAUUGUGAUCUUAAUCAGAUGAUCUCUUGUGCACCAAGGGAUCAGAAGAGGGCCCUCACAGAACUUGCCAACAAAUUGUUUUGCUCCAUUGAAGAGUUGGAUCAUGCAAUGAAAAUUCGUAGCGUUCCUUUAACCCAAGAUCGAUACAAUCAGGCUGCUGUCGUCUUACAGGAGGUGAUCGCUCUUGCGCCUUAA